UGCCGUCGGGCGGCUCAGUUCCUCCUCCGCUGCUCUCUUUCUUUUCUCUUUCCCCUUUUCCUUCGGGGCAGCCCUCUCUCUGCUUCUGCUCCGGCCCCGACGGGAGCCAUGAUGAUGGACCUCUUCGAGACGGGCUCCUACUUCUUCUACUUAGACGGCGGCGGGGCCGAUCCUCCUCUGGACUUGGCCGAGGGCUCCCCCAUCUACCCGGGCAGCGAGGGCACCCUCUCGCCGCCUUCUUCUUCUUCCCAGGGAGCCGAAGCCCUCGGAGGCGGAGGAGGAGGAGGCGGAGGAGGCGCCCUGGAGGGAUGCAGCGGCAGCGGCAGCAGCAGCGACGGCGAGGAGCCCCACGUGCUGCCUCCGCCGGGGCUCCUUCUGCCUUCCCCGCACGGCCCCGGACAGUGCCUGCUCUGGGCCUGCAAGACCUGCAAGAGGAAGGCCGCCCCGACGGACCGCCGCAAGGCCGCCACCCUCCGCGAGCGCCGCCGCCUGAAGAAGAUCAACGAAGCCUUCGAGGCCCUCAAGCGCCGGACGGUGGCCAACCCCAGCCAGCGGCUGCCCAAGGUCGAGAUCCUCCGCAGCGCCAUCAGCUACAUCGAGAGGCUCCAGGAGCUCCUCCGACGCCUCGACCACCAGCAUCCCCUCCAAGAAGAACAAGGAGAGGGAGAAGAAGGAGAGGGAGAAGGGAGCCUCCACCCCGCCGCCCUCGGAAGGAGGAGAGGAGAGGCCUUCCUCCCCUUCGGCCCCAAGAUGUCCACGGCAACCGGGUUCCUGAGCGCCUGCAAUGCGGACUGGCUCCAUGGGACAGAGCAUCCCCGGGGGAUGGCCAUCGGGCCCAUGAAAGAAGGGGUUUCCCUCCUGGACAAUUCCGCCUCCAGCAGCCUCCGGUGCCUCUCCUCCAUCGUGGACAGCAUCUCCUCGGAAGAUCACAAAGUCCCAAACGGAGAGGAAGCGGUGGAGAAGUAGGGAGUAUUUUUGGAAAGUGCAAGGACCUGUCUCUCCCCUUCUUCGCCCUUGAGACUCAAUCGCGAAUUAAUUUAAUCUUCUGGAAACCCAAGAGGGGAAGGCGUUGGAGGGGGAAAAAAGCCCACACAGCUGAACAAAUAAAAAAGGCCUCUUCUUAAAAGGAAGUUUUCGCCCUUCGGUAAAAGUGCACCCUUCAUUCCUCUGCCUCCCUCUCUCUCUUUCAGUGGUAUUUUUAUUUGAACCUCAAGUUGUCCUUCCUCUCCUUUUUAAAAUUAAUAUAUGAUAAUCUUGGGGCUUAGUGAGCAUCCUUUGCGUAAAAACCAAGUUCAUUCCUCUUCGAAAGGAAGCUCCUCCUUGUGGGUUGGGUUUUUGUUUUUAUUUUUAUUUUUAUUUGUAAUUAUUGUGGAUUUUUAACAACAAAAAAGAUUUCCAAGGUUUAGGUCC